GCGUCCCCAAGAUCGGAGCAUGGCAGCUGCUGGACAACAUUGCGCCGUACACCCACCACCCUCCCGCCUUCCCACCUUGUGACUCUGCGAGCUACAAUACCACACUCCUUUCUGCGGUUGUACUUAACAUUGCUGCACGCCUCCACCCAACGCCUGUACUCGCUCGCUCUCGCUUGAUGGCGGACCCGAGUAACUAGGCCCCUUUCACUCACCAAGGAAUCCUUCCGAUGCUUAAACAAUCCCGCCAGCCCAUACACGAGUAUGAGCUGGUUCCACGCGAAUCUCUCGAUGGCGACGACGAACAGCUUGUUGGCCAGCAGCCAGGCGCCUCAGGUUCGUCGCGACACUCGUGGCUGCACCGUCUGAGCAGCCGCUUCAAUGCUGUCAACAAGCUCUCUGAUCGCGCUGUAUACGCUCACUACGUCACACCGCGCCGCCGGAAACGGUCUAUAUUGCGGCUGGUCUAUUGGACUCUGUUCUCUGUGCCUUACAUCCUCAUAGUCCUAGUGCUGGUCGCCGGCAUCUUCUUCCCGAGUUACACAGUCAGGCCUCCACACUACGAGGAACUGCGCAAGCGAGCCACUACCACGGGGCGCGCAAACCCCUACAACGAGAAGAUCUUCAUAGCCGCCUCGCUUGCCGAGACCAAGGGCGACUUGACGUCUGGCGCAUGGGGAAGGGAGGUCCUGGAGCUGGUAGAGCUGCUGGGACAGGAGAAUGUGCACCUGAGCAUAUAUGAAGACAAUCCCGAUCCAGUGACGAAACAGUCGUUAAUCUCCUUCCGCGAACAGGUCAAAUGCAACUCCACCAUUGUAUCCGAAGAUCUUGAUCUCGCUACCCUUCCCCACAUUACGCUACCCAACGGCGACAAACGCCUCAAGCGCAUCGCCUUCCUUGCCGAGGUGCGCAACCGAGCCCUUGCCCCGAUCGACAAACACGGCGUCAAGUUUGACAAGGUCCUGUACUUGAACGACGUCAACUUCGAUCCCGUUGAAGCUGCCCAACUCCUCUUCGCAACCAACAUCGACUCGACCGGACGUGCCGACUAUGCAGCGGCAUGCGCUGUCGACCACAUCAUGCCCUUCAAGUUCUACGACCGCUUCGCCACGCGCGAUUUCGACGGCAUGAUAACUGGCUUGCCCUUCUUCCCGUGGUUCACCAGCGCGGGAACAGGGACCAGCAGGGCCGAUGUGCUCGCAGGGAAAGAUGCGGUGCGGGUGAGGAGUUGCUGGGGCGGAAUGGUGGCUUUUGAAGCCAAGUGGUUCCAGGAGGGGACCGGAGCACAGCCAGAACCCGCAAACCCACAGAACGGGACGCCUAAUCACAGCAUCUUCCCACUUCGGUUUAGACACGACAACGAAACGUUCUGGGAAGCGUCCGAGUGCUGUCUGAUCAACGCAGAUCUCCAGUACCGAAUGUCUGGGAAAGGCCGGCCUGCGGAAUCUAGGAUAUACAUGAACCCGUUCGUUCGGGUAGCAUAUGACGAGAAGACCCUGAGCUGGCUCUCUUUUAUUCGUCGCCCGGAGAAGCUCUACGCUCCAAUCCACGACAUUCUCAACUACUUCGUUGGCUUCCCUGAGAAGAAGGCGCGCUUCGCUGAAGAGCCUGGUGAGCUCGUAACAGAAAAGGUCUGGAUCUACGACCAUCCGGCUGCAGCUUUUGCACAAAACGCCACCGAAGCCGAUCUUGAAGGUCACUAUGAGGAGCAAACACGGAGAGCUGCACCUGGUGGUUACUGUUCAUCGCCCAACCUCCUUGUCAUCAAUGAGAAGCCCGAACACGGCUCUGGUGCGUGGAGCAAGAUCUUUGUUCCAAGGCCCCCCAAGUACUGAUUGCUCGACACACGACCACUGACGACGACUUUUCUUUCACACAUACUUUGGAACCUCAAAAAUUUUCUUUGUAAUGCAUAGCGGGAUGUUUGGGAAAUACGGCGUUUCUAGCUCUUUGAGCUUUUCUAGAAUUUCUACAUCAUGGUCAUCAACAAGCCUCGAUUGAGGAGCAUUGCCCUCAACUUCACAGCGCAGGUACAUUAGGGACACUUCAGGAGUUAUUUUUGGGACUACCAGUUUAAUGCGUGUCCGUCGACAAGGUGCUGGUGUUGUCUUCUUUCAUCUAGUUUCAACUUUGAUAUCAGAGCUAGAGUAGCCUCGAGAUUCAUCAGUCAUACAAUGUCAGAUGUCACACUUCAAGUGUCUUG